GUGACGCAAAUUUCCCGCCCUCACUUCUGCUAUCCCGUGUGUGUGUGUGUGCGAAAGUUAACAAAACAGUGUUUUCACCACAGAGAGUUGACUUUGCUACAUUUUAUAUCUGUCAGAGGUUCACUGUCACUGGCCAAUGAUGCCUUCCACACAUGACUGGAUUAACUGCCCCCUCGGUGUCGUUGAAGGGAUGUUUGCUGCUUCCCAGAACAAUCCAAAUUCUGGCUGGGAGGCGAAAGCAGUUGAAUUCUUUAAGAAUCAGCUGAAAGAGAAGGACGCUCAUACCUGGGUCCCGUCUUUGAACGAUGUCCCUCUGCACUACCUGAAGCCCAACAGCCUGGUGAAGUUUCGUUGCUUCAUCCAGGACAUGUUCGAUCCCGAGUUCUUCAUGGGAGUGUAUGAGACUGUUGACCCAUCUACAAAGGCUAAAGUUUUGCGUUGUGGGAAGUACAAAGAUGUGACAGAGUGUGGGGUGGAUUUUAACUCCAGCAAUACUGUGACUGCAGAGAGACAGACUUUCUACUGUGUGCCAAUUCCUGGAGAAAAUCCCUGGGUGAAAGAGAGCUAUGCCAGCACUAGCCAAGCGAGAGUGGUUCCUUCCACUUCGUAUGCGCCGACGAGACAGAAGCGCAGCUACGAGGAAGACGACGAUGACAUGGACACACAGCCGCAAAAGCAGAGAGAGCCACAUGCUGGUCCUCAGAGCCCCACAGAACAUCACGGUAAUGGUGACUGUAAGCGGCAGGAGACCGAAGCUCCCUCCAACCAAACGGCAUCUGCUUCCCAUCUCGACCUCAACUUCCCCCUACCGGGAGAGAAAGGCCCGUCCUGCCUAGUGAAGGUGUACGAGGACUGGGAGAGCUUCAAACUGAACGACUUACUGGAGGUCUACGGGAUCCUCUCUGUCAAUCCUGCUCUCAGUGCUUUGGCUGACGAGAAAGACACCUCCUCAUCCAUUCAGGACCCCACAGAGUGCAUGGAGACGGCAGAGGAGCAGAGAGUGCACAGCCCGCCGGCCUCGCUCGUUCCUCGCUUACACAUGCUCUACGCCAGGCCUCUGCCACACAACAACCCCCUGCUGCCCUGCACCACCGUGGAGGACAACAGUGCCUUUUUAUCUUCGAGCCUGAGUGAGAUGGCCUCUGUCAGGGCGGAGCUGCUCGCAUACUUCACUCACAUCCUUCUUGGGGACGCUCUGGCUGCUGAGUACCUCAUUCUGCAUCUCAUUUCUAACGUGUACACUAGACGGGAUGUUCUCCCGCUGGGCAAGUUCACCUUGAACCUGAGUGGCUGUCCUACUGCCGCCUCGUACACCGAACGCUUCUACCAGAUCAUUCAGCAGCUCGUUCCUUCUUCGUAUUAUCUGGGCAUGAGCCUCCAGAACAUGAACCAGAUGCGGUUGGUGCCUAAGAAGGACUAUGUGGCAAAUCGGCUAGUGAGUGGAGCCCUGCAGCUGGCCAGAAACACUUCCCUCUUCCUGGAUGAGACCCAGCUGGAGCAGGGACAGCUGGACACAACAGGUGUGCGCAACGUCACGGCCCUUGGGAACCUGAUCUCGUGGCAGAAGGUUGAUUAUGACUUUAACUACCACCAGAUGGAAUUCCCCUGCAAUAUUAACGUGCUCAUCGUGUCAGAAGGCCGCUCACUCCUGCCGUCAGACUGUCAGAUACACCUACAGUCUCAAGUCACCGCACCCCAACUGGAGGAGUAUCUCAGCAGCAUCCACAUGCAUCCGCAGUCUUCGUCACAGCUGAACAAGUUCAGAAUCUACCUGUGCAUGGCUCGCCAGCUAGACUACAACAUCUCUGAUGAAAUGACAAAGUCAGUUGAGGAGGACUUUGUAGACAUGAGGAAGGACGACCCCCAGAGUGUAUCUGCCGAGGACCUCCACAGGAUGCUCGUCGUGGCGAGGUUGCUGUCUCUGAGCCUGGGACAGACCUCUCUGUCCAGAGACAGCUGGCUGAGAGCCAAACACAUCGACAUGCUGCGGAGGAGCCGGAUGGAGCAGCACAAGUGUGUGAACGGCAACGAGCCGUGAUCACCAGAGACGAACGAGAUGAGAUGGAUUUUUGUUUUUCCUUUUGAUACCUAAAAAAAAUAGUUUGUAAUAAAGAUCUUUUUCAUAUGCCAUAAAUAGUA